GAUGCCAGCUGGAGCCUUACAUUCCCGUCAGCUUCUCCUUACCACUCUCCUGAAUCAAUAUCUUUUUCUACCCUUAAAGCAAGCUCUCUCAGGAAUAUACUGAUUAUGGCAGACCGAUUUCCCUCAUUGGAAGACUUCUCUGCGGGUCAAACGGAAGUUGUGGAAGCCAAUGGCACAGAUGCAGAUGACUUCCUAGCCCGUGAGCGAGCUGUUCUGGGCGAUGAUGCGGAACAGUUUGCCACCGCUCAAGACCACGUUGCUUCCACCGAUAAUGUAAAUGUUGGCGAUGAUCUACUCGGUGGUGCAGAGGACGUUCCAACGGGUGCUGGCCCCGAGAUCUCCGGAUUCGAAUCUUCUUUCCCUGCUAUUGAGACACAGAAUGAGCAAGUUGCUCCUGGCGGCAUGAUCACUGGAACCGGCGCCCCCUUCCCGCCCACGGGCUACUCGAGCUAUCAAGAACCAGAGGAGGAACCGGAACCCGUUAGGGAAUGGCGUGAGAGGCGAGAUGCAGAUAUCAGGCAUCGCGCAGAGGUCUCGGAAGAGAAGAAGGAGGCGACUGUCAAGAAGGCCCAAGAAGAUAUUGAUGACUUUUACGUUUCCUACAAUAAUAAAACCGAUAAGCUACGCGCUCAGACUCGUGCGGACGCCGAACAAUUCCUCGCCAAUCGCGAAGACACUUCUUCAGGCGGUACCAGCUGGGAUCGUAUCGCAAAACUAGUUGACGUCUCCGGAAAGGGCGCCAAGGGCGGUGCAAGCGGAUCUGGAAAGGAGCGUUUCCGGCAGAUGUUGGUUGAUCUGAAGAAAGAUGAGAAUGCUCCCGGCGCCAGUGGCAUCUAGAUCUUAUCCGGAUUACAUACAGUGCAUCUAUUAUGACAUCAAUAUUCUAUCCGCGUUGCCAGGCGCAUAGCACUUUUCCUCAUUCUUCAUAUACUCUCUACACAUCUCCUUCUCAGUUACGGUUACGCUUCGUCCUUUAUUUUCUUUCAACCGUGUUUUUUUAUUGGUCUCUUUUAUUUUCCUUUUUUUUUUGAAUCUCAUGUAGGUAGAUAAUACGCAAACUGGUUUCGUACAAAUAGUCCAGUAAACCCCCACAAGAAUGAAUA